AUGCCUAAAAAGGAGUCUUCGUUUCAAGAACACAGCGGAAAUGAAAAAGAAGAGACAAGUAUUAGCACAUUUAAUUUAGAUCAAAUUACCUCGGAUGAUGAAAUUUAUACUUUGCAAAUGCCAAAUUAUUUAAAUAAAAAAGACUUAGUGGGUAAAAAUUUAAACUCCUUGAUCAUGAAUUGCAAUACUGAUUCAGAAUCUCAUGAUAAAUUUAGUGUGGAAUUAUUACAGACUAAAAAAAAUAUAUGUGUAGGUUUUCCCCAGGAGUCAAAUAAUUCAUCGUUACUUAAUGUUCCUAUUAAAGGUCAUAUAUUAAUUAAAAAAGAUGUAGGCAACUUUGAUGCCCAAAAGUAUAGUUCGAGAAAAGACAUUGAAAAUAAAAUUAGUUUACCUAAAGACUUAGUUUGCAGGCAUCCACUAUUGGGCCUUAAUUGGAAAACUCAUCUUAAAGAAUCAACGUUCUUUAUUGCCGAUUACGUGCUUUGUCCAUUACAAUUAGUGAUAAAAUUGGAGAAAAAUUCAAGAAAAUUAAUGAUUCUCUUUUUCAAUACAUAA